CAUAUCAUCCUUCGAUAUCUAAAUAGUAGGCCUCGCCACCGGAAGUCAAAACAACCGGGCCGGAUCAGCCUUACUCUAUCAUCAGCUAAAGGAGAUACCACCUAGUAAUCACUAUGCCACCCGCCAUGUCGCUGUCGAAGCAACGCAUCUCCUCGCCUUUAGAGGCAGGACCAUCGAUUCUCGAUGCCUACAACCUACCUUCUCACUUAAACGAAGCUUUAGAAUACACAUCGAAGAGGUUGGCGAGAAAGGCUUUACAUAUUACCCUAGUUGUCGUGCGGAAGGAAUAUCAACUCCCGAGCGUAAUGCCGCCAUGCCCUACACCAACUUCGCCUCCACUCACACCGGGGAUUAAGUCUCCUACACGGUUUGCCUCGCCCGUCGUAGGACUGAGACAACUGGUCCGAAGGGGCACAGGCAACUCAACAUCUACCGUAUCAUCUACCGCGUCAGACUCUCUACCUAGCACAGCAGCGUCGUCUCCGUCAUUUCCACCUCCACCCAUGGAACCCCUGAUUAGUCCCCGUCGUUGUCGUUGGGUAGUGCCCCCAACACCCGGCACUCCGCUUCCUCGCACGCCGAUGACGCCCCAAACACCGUCAAGCGUCCUCACGGCAUCCUCCACAACCUCCUUAACACAGGGACCAAACGAAUUCGGUAUUCGGCUGAUCCACACCAGCCUGCUCUCUCCUAAAGCAGAAAAGACGUUGCGAACCACUAUUUCCAAGGCGGAACGGAAAUUCCGCAUAGGCACCAGCUGGCUCCCCCCCGCCGCGACCGCAUCCGCGUGCGGCUUAAACGACGACCUCGUUCGCAGAAGCAUGCUGCAAAACGAGGUGCUCUUCUCGUCCGAGGGCCUCACGCUCCUCGGCCUCGACAGGUUGUACAGUUUCAAAUCCGCCCUGGCCGUGUACGCCCGGUCCACAUACGCAUCCCCCUCCCCCACUCCCUCCUCCUCCUCCUCUGCCGCCAACGCGAACGCCGCGCCCACCACCACCGGCAAAACGCCAGACAGCACGCGCCUCGAAGACGCGGUCGACGCCCUGCGGCGCCUCGUCCUGGCUAACGGCGGCCGGCCCGUGUCGAAAUCCGACCUGCUCCGGAGCUACGACUGGCUCGGGGCGAACGCGCGCGCGCUGCGGGACGUCGAGAGCAUGUACAGGCGGGCGUACGGGGGGCUGGACCGGACGGGCGCGUUCGAAACGACUUCUUCUUCUAUUCCUGCUGCUACUCCUCCUUAUCAGGAAGAACAACAUCAACAACAACAGGAGGAGGUAUAUGAGGAGGAGGAGGAGGGUGGGAAAGAACAACACGGGCGGAGCACCAGACCCGUCAUCAAGCUUAGCGCGCCGCCGCCGCCCAGGACGCCCCCGAGGACCCAGACGACCCCCGUGCUCACGCUCGACACGCAGCUGGCGACGGCGACGACGGCGCGGAUAUUCAAGCCGACGGCGAAGUUGCUGGUGCCGGGGACCGGGAAAGCUUGUGGUGGUGGUGCUGCGGUGUCGGGUAAGCGCGGGGGUAACGCAACGAGGGAGGGGAUGGAGAUUUAUCUCGAGGGUCUGACGUACUACGACGACAACGAGGAGGAGGAGGAGGAUGCCGACAACAGCAGCGACAGCGGGAAUAAAGAAAAAGGAAGGGAGGGAGAAAGGGACGAGGAAGGAGAGGGAGAGGGAGACUAUACAGCGCGCCCGAUGCCGGGACUCGCGUUCUGGAACAACGCCAGCGCGUCCAUCGACUCGAUGAUGCUGCUGUCGCCGUCGUCAACGCGCGAGAGCCAGCAGUCGCAGUCGCAGCAGCGGUUAGGGCCGCUGACGCCGAACGGGUACGACGAUAUAUCGCCCGUGACGAGGGGGGAGUGGGGGUUCCUGUUCAAGGGGGAGGGGUGGCAGCAGGGGCGGACGGCGGCCGUGGAGACUUGGUGACAUAUAUAUAUGCCUAGGUACCUUAUAUAGGUACCUAUAUACUGGGAGACGCGGAAAGGGGAAGGAGAAGAAGAAGGAGAAGGAGGGUGUGUUAAAGAUUGGACAUAUGCAUGUUUACCUACUUAAGGUAUAUAUUAAGUACAUGUAUUUACUAGAGAGAUGUAUCAGAAAUACUCACGUCUAUACAGGCUAUGUAAAUAGCAGGCCGAUGAUUAAGGUUCUUGGUGUUGUAUAUAUAGGUAUAUAUAUUCAUAUUAGGACUGGCGUAUCCAUACUUUAUCAGUAAUGAAUGCACGAUAGGAGAGAGACAAUGGGAAUGGGUACGGAAA